AUGUGGAUUACUCGAAAACACAGCACCAUUUCAAAUAUAGCAAACGUUGGUAAUUUCCAAUUUAAUUAUCUUCCCAUUGAUAUAUCUCAAAUUGAACAAACAUUUAUUGGAAAUAAUGGAGAGCAAG